GCACCAUACCUUCGACUAAGGAUCAACCGUUGCCCAGGACUUCCACAACAUUACUUCGUCCUGCCCUCUUCGUUGGUGUUCUACGAUACUGAUAUUUUUCAAUAUAACUGCUGAGCAUUGAGCCCUCAUGUCCAAUCCUUCGGGCGUUCUUACGAAGAAUAUCAGGGUCACAGUCGUCGCUGCGGAUGGUCUUUCCAAGCGGGAUGUUUUCAGGCUCCCAGAUCCUUUCGCCGUCAUCACCGUUGAUGCGGAGCAAACACAUACAACUAGCGUCAUGAAGAAAACCCUCAAUCCCUAUUGGAACGAAAGCUUUGAUAUCACUGUCAAAGAUUCCUCAGUACUUGCGGUUCAAAUUUUUGACCAACGGAAAUUCAAACGAAGAGAUCAGGGCUUCCUUGGUGUGGUGAAUGUUAGGGUCAGCGAUGUGUUGGACCUUGAACUUGGUGGUCAUGAAAUGCUUACUCUCGACUUGAAAAAGUCGAACGAUAAUCUGGUUGUUCACGGAAAGCUCAUCAUCUAUCUGUCAACCAAUGUCACCCAGCCAAUACCCAAUCCCGGACCUUCACAAGUUAAUGGUCUAUCUUCUGCGCUCGCUGAUAUGGGGCUCAAUAACACCAACUCUCCAGGUGCUAGCACCUCCAAUUUAGUACUUCCCACCAAUCCAUCCGGAACCCUAUCUCGUACUACUAGUUCUCACGCCACAGCCACAGAUAUUACUGCCAGCCCAGCUGUUGUUGCACCUUCGUCAGCGCCUUCAACAGAAACUGAACAACCGUCUCCUCAAAUCGUAGCCGCGCCGUCGUCAUCUCGUCCGACCAGUAUUUCCGGAACUAACCCUUCGGCCAAUAACGCCGCUCCUGCGAACCCCAUGAACCCUUCUGCUACGGCAGGUAACGCCAAUCAGAUGCGGAACUUCAAUCCAAAUGUGGAUCAGUACGGACGACUGCCUCCGGGGUGGGAACGACGUAUAGAUCCGUUAGGGCGUACGUAUUACGUGGAUCACAACACUCGGACUACAACAUGGAAUAGACCAUCAGAUAGCGCUGCUGUUAACAAUGAUGUCCAGGAUAGUGAAACCAACGCCGCCAGAGAUCAGCAUUCGCGAAGGAUCCUCGCAGAUGACCUUUUAGAAGCCAAUAACUCCAACAAUUCGACGAGCAAUGUGUUCCGCAAUAGCACUGCUACCGUCAACGCCACUGCUAACCCGGCACCUGCAGCGCUCACCACCGGUAGCAAUGCUACAACUGCCGGGUCUGGUAGUCUGCCAAAUGGAUGGGAGGAGCGAUUUACUCUGGAGGGACGCCCAUAUUAUGUUGAUCACAAUACGCGCACAACAACCUGGGUUGAUCCCCGCAGACAAGCCAUCAUUCGUGUCAUGGGUCCAAAUGGUCAAGGAUCCAGUCUCCAACCACAAGCCAUCUCCCAACUUGGACCCUUGCCCUCUGGGUGGGAAAUGCGCCUUACCUCCACCGCCCGAGUUUACUUCGUUGAUCAUAACACCAAAACAACAACGUGGGAUGAUCCUCGAUUACCCUCGACACUCGAUGCCAACGUACCGCAGUACAAGCGUGAUUUCCGCAGGAAACUCAUAUAUUUCCGUAGCCAACCUGCAAUGCGUGCACAGCCGGGCAAUUGCCAAAUCAAAAUCAGGAGAAAUCACAUUUUCGAGGACAGUUAUGCUGAAAUAAUGAGGCAGACACCCAAUGAUUUGAAGAAGCGACUCAUGAUUAAGUUUGACGGAGAGGAUGGUUUGGACUACGGGGGUCUUUCCAGAGAAUUCUUCUUCCUGCUUUCGCACGAGAUGUUCAAUCCCUUUUACUGCCUAUUUGAAUAUUCCGCUCACGAUAACUACACGCUUCAAAUCAAUCCUGCCUCCGGAGUCAAUCCCGAACAUUUGAACUACUUCAAGUUCAUUGGGAGAUGUCUGGGUCUUGGUAUCUUCCACCGUCGCUUCUUGGAUGCCUACUUCAUAGUAAGCUUCUACAAGAUGAUCUUGAAGAAGAAAGUUACUCUAGCGGACUUGGAAUCAGUAGAUACUGAGUUACAUCGUGGAAUGACCUGGAUGCUUGAAAACGAUAUCACGGACAUUAUCGAUACAUCUUUCACAACUACUGAGGAACGAUUCGGUGAAAUGGUGACAAUUGAACUCAAGCCCGGAGGAGAGGACAUUCCUGUGACGGAGGAUAACAAAAAGGAUUACGUCGAGUGUAUCGUCGACUACCGCAUUUCCAAACGAGUCAAGGAGCAGUUUGAUGCUUUCAUGUCCGGAUUCAGCGAGCUUAUUCCUCAGGACUUGAUCACCGUGUUCGACGAGCGUGAGCUCGAACUGCUAAUUGGUGGCAUGUCUGAAAUUGAUGUUGAUGACUGGCUCAAGUUUACAGACUACCGAGGAUACGAAAUGACCGACGAAGUUAUCCAGUGGUUCUGGAAGUGUGUUCGUAGCUGGCCACCCGAGCGCAAAUCGAGACUUUUACAGUUCGCUACUGGUACAUCGCGUAUACCUGUCAACGGAUUCAAGGACCUCCAAGGAUCCGAUGGCCCAAGACGGUUUACGAUUGAAAAAUCUGGUGACCCAUCGCAGCUGCCCAAGAGCCACACCUGCUUCAAUCGUAUUGAUCUUCCGCCGUAUAAGGACUAUGCCAGUCUGGAACACAAAUUAACUCUUGCAGUCGAGGAAACUGUUGGCUUCGGCCAAGAGUAAAUGCACUUGAUUUGUUCAACAAACUUGAUUUUUAUCAUCAUAUGUGUAUGCCUUUUACAUUCGUAUUUUUUUCUGUAUCAUUUAAGGUAAGAGCGCAAGAUCCGCACACGUCAGGUGACUGUGACCC